AUGACUUACACAAACGGAUACGAUUUACCUGUAUUUGGUAUAGAUAAUGGCUCUUUCUAUGCGUUGCAUAUUUUGGCGGUAACAUGCAUUUUUCUGAGUUUGUCCUCGGCCAUUUUUAUAAUUGCGGCCUCAAUUAAACAACACGGACUGCGAACUUUUUUCACUUGGUCAAAAAGCGAGAGGUUCGUAGUCUACCUGGCUUUGUGUGAUGCUUUCUUCAACAUAUGUCAUUCGCUUGACCAUCUACACAUCUUGUUGACAAAAGACCAUGUAAGACCAGCGUCACUCUGUACUUUCUAUAGUGUGAACAUUGUAGAGUUUGUAUUCGCUCAAACUCUCAUGGUCAACGUGGUAGCCAUCAACGUAUUUGUGUUGAUAUUUUUCGGAAAGAAUCUAGAUUUUGGGAAGCGUGACUGGCGCCUGCUACUCUGGACAUUUGGAACUCCUCUACUGAUCGCCAUGAUAUUGUUAUCAACAGGACAACUUGGACCAACUGGCGCAUACUGUUUUCUAGAUGGUGUGACAGGCCGGAUAAGUAAUAUCGUACUUACCACAGGGUCCAUGUGCAUGAUCCUAACCGUCAAUUCAGUGUUGUACGCCCUCACAUGGUAUCGAAUUGCAAGUGAAGCCAAGCGUCUGGAGUCCACAUUAGGAGGCACGAGUGCCUCAGUGAAAGCGUCUCAUCGAGCCGCCCGGAACAUGUUUUUAUUUCUGACGGCUUUCUUUGUCCAGUGGUGGGCCCUUGCCGUGAACGGGAUAUGGUUCCUGUUUGAUGUACCACCAGUAGCACUGUUUCAAAUCGUUACGACGUUCUCUAAUAUUGGUGGCGUCUUAAACCUUUUGGUGUACCUCGUGAUCAGGCGCAGGAAGAGGGCGCUUACACCGACAGAAACCUCUAAGGCUGCCACGAAAACCACUGCUGCUACCGCCGAAACUCAGGCCGCUCCAUAA